ACUGCACAGAAAUGUUCCUCAUCAAAAGUUCAAAACCAAUCAAAAUUCUCCCCAGUAAAAAACUCAGAGUCACUCCAUCUUCCCUCUCUCUCUCUAACCUUUAAUCAAUUCCACGUUCUGUUAUUCUUCAUUAACAUUUCUCUUUCUUUCUCUCUUGUAAAACAACCGGACCAAACCAAAAACAAAAAAAGCCAUGCCAUUUGUUACAGAAACCUCGGCUUCAGCUUCUUCUUCGUCUUCAACAAUAGCAGAACAUCUAAAACUAAGAAGGCCAACCAGAAACCAAAUCAACAUAACAAAAACAGAUCCAAACCCAGUGCCAGAAAUCCCAUCUGUAAUCCAAUCCACUCGUUGUAAAUCCAGCAUUUCCUCUCUUUUCCUCUCCACUUUCGCCUCCACCAAUUAUGAAACAACAACAACAACAACAACAACAAACACCAAAAAAAAAGCUAACCCUUUUAGCCAGUCCACUCUCAGAGGACUUGGCUGCACAGCAUCUGCAUCACAGCAGGUGUCGGUGCCUGCCAUGAUACGUACAUCAGCUGAUUGGGAAGCUAAGAAAGUGAAGAAGAAAAAGAAAACACAAGAACAAGAAAAGAAGAAGAAAAAGAAGAAAAGCAGUAAACUUGUUGGCAAUGAUAAUAAUAACAGUAAUAAGGUGCAUCAUCAGCAAGGUGUGGUUUUGAAUGAAGGGAGUGGCAAUAACAUAAGUUGUGGGGUAAUUCAGGAUGUUUGGUGUGGACCUGGAAUUGGGUUUUCAGCUGAUGCUGUUGGCUCUGUGGAUUGCGUUGUGGCAAGGAGAAAUGUGCCUGCUAGAGGCAAGAUUGAUGUUGAAAAGGUCAACCAUAGGGAGCGUUUUUGUAUAGCAAGGCGGACUAUAAAUCCUGAAACUCUCUCGUUUUUUGAUUCUGAUUCAGCCUUCAUCCCAACACGUCCGGCACCCGAAUUCUUUGGAGCUAGAUACCAUCGUCAUGUUCGACAUCCUUCUCCUGAGGGGCUUGCUGAGAUAAUGAUGCUACAGAACAACUUUCUAAUGGGGGGAAGAUUAGAUUCACGUGAUCGAUUUAGCGACUGGAGGCUUGAUAUUGACGACAUGUCAUACGAGCAAUUACUGGAGCUUGGUGAUAAAAUUGGUUAUGUAAAUACUGGAUUGAAAGAAGAUGAGAUAAGCAGAUGCCUCAGAAAAAUUAAGGGCUCGAUUACGAAUGAUUUACCACCAAACGUGCCAAUGCAUGUUGAUAAGAAGUGCAGCAUUUGUCAGGAGGAAUAUGAAGCAGAUGAAGAGAUGGGGAAGCUAUGUUGUGGACACAGCUUUCACAUCCAAUGUAUAAAGCAGUGGCUGGUGCAGAAAAACACUUGCCCUGUUUGUAAGACUGAAGCAACAGCUUGAUGCUAGCAGCAGCAGCAGUCAUGGAUUCAUUUUAACCCUCUUGUUGGUGUAUAGAUUUUGCUCCAAGUACAAAAGCAAGGAUUCAUUUUUUUUCUUUCCUUUUUCUGAAAAUGUGUGAAGCCUUAAUGGUUCAACUUCUAUUUGCUUAAAAAAUGAUGGGCAAUUAUUGUUAUAUGAAUGAGAACUGUUGCAACUUUGCCUACCUCUCUUGAAAUCAAAUACUAUUGUGACUGUGUUGCUAGCA